AUGGCGACAAGUGCUCACUCAGUGAAUUCUUUCAGCGGUCUUCCCGGUAAUGGAUCUCUCUCAGUCGGCGUUGUCGUAGUUGAAUUUUAUAGUGACAAUAAGGUUUACACCGAUGUUGGUGGCUAUCGUCCUAAUCCGACUUUAAAUUACACGAACUUGAAUGCACCAUUAAACUAUAGGACGCUGUGGCAUGCACGCAUAGAUUAUAACGGUAUUAAAAAAUACCUGCAAAUAUUCUUCUCAAAUGCCUCCAAUAGCUCUAUGUCCCAAGUAGAUCCCAUUCUCGCGCAUCCUUUGGAUAUCUCCACUUAUCUUCCUGAUGAUUUUGUAGUAGGGAUUUCUGCUUCUUCUGAAAAUUCAGUGUUACCCACACAAUCCUUUCAUGGAGCUUCAGUACCAAGACCAAAACUAGGAAGUCUUCCAAAAAAAAAACUUGUGACGAUUGUAGGGGUAUUUCUUUGUUUAGCAGGGGUAGUUGUGAUCUGGAGGUUGUUUGCCAUCGUCAUGAGAUUGCAAAGCAGCAGCGAACAAACAUGUGAAGACAAUGAGAUAGAGAUUGACAGGCUUGUAGACCAAGGUCCAAGUAGAUAUAAGCUGGAGGAUCUCAAGGCCGGAACCGACAAUUUCAGUGAAACUUUAAAGCUGGGGCAAGGAGGAUUUGGAGGUGUGUACAAAGGCGUUAUAGGAGAAGCAAAUGAAGUUGUUGCUGUCAAGCGCGUCUCACAAGGGUCAAGACAGGGGUUAAAAGAAUUCAUCUCUGAAAUAAGUAUUGUUAGUCGAGUAAGGCAUCGAAACCUUGUUCAGCUUUUGGGAUGGUGUCAUGAGAAAGGCGAAUUGCUUUUGGUGUACGAGUAUAUGUCUAAUGGAAGCCUAGACAAACACCUUUUCAUCAAAGGAGAUUCUCCUCCACUGCAUUGGAGUCGUAGGUAUCAAAUAGCUUUGGAAAUAGCUUGUGGGCUGUUGUAUCUUCAUGAAGAAUGGGAUCACUGUAUUGUACACAGGGAUGUAAAAUCCAGCAAUGUUAUGCUCGAUAACAAUUUCAAUGCAAAGCUUGGGGACUUUGGUUUGGCACGCAUAUUGGAGCACAAUCGUUUGUCUCAGACCACAAUGGAGGCUGGAACCCUGGGCUAUAUGGCUCCUGAGUCUGUUACCACAGGAAGAACAAGUCCUGAAUCAGAUGUUUACAUUUUGGUGCCGUGGCCUUGGAAAUUGCUACAGGAAGGAGAGCUGUAG